AUGCCUCCCAAAGCAGGUGCAAAGAAGGCUAAGAAAAUGAGUGGAAAGAGAGCGUCAGGUGAUCGGAAGAAGAGAACCAAAAAGCGAAGAGAAAGCUACUCCAUUUACAUCUACAAAGUGCUCAAACAAGUCCACCCCGACACAGGAAUUUCCAGUAAAGCUAUGGGAAUCAUGAACUCUUUCGUUCAUGAUGUUUUCGAGCGGAUUGCCGGCGAAGCAUCCCGCCUCGCCCACUACAACAAGAAGAGCACAAUUGGUUCUCGUGAGAUACAAACGGCGGUUAGGUUGCUGUUGCCCGGUGAGCUGGCUAAGCACGCUGUGAGUGAGGGAACAAAGGCGGUCACCAAGUACUCUAGCAGCAAGUAA